AAUUUUUCAGCUUUCACUUGCAAUGAUCUACGGCAGCUCCCGCCAGCUGCACUCCUCAAGGCAGCCUUUCCAGACAUUCAGGGCAUUGACAUCCAAGGAAAUCCUCUCUUCAAUUGUUCAAGUUUGGCCAACAUACGUGAAGAGAUUGCUAUACUUACUGAUUGUGACGCUGACACAAAACCGAUCCAGUGCGAUGUUAUCGAUAAGGUUGAUUUAGAUAUCCGUGAUCUUUGUUCAGGAUUUCAAGGCUACUUUCGUGAAGAAGAUGAAAGACUGGGGAGCGGAAGAGGUGACCUAUUUUUUGACUCUACUAUUGUAGCACAGACAUAUGCAUGCUAUAAAAAUAAGUUUUCAAAAACUGUCAAAACUCUGCUAGAGUUCGAUUGA